AUGGACAACCUCUGUAUGAGUGCUGGUUUCACUAUGGUGGAAAGUUUGGAAGAGAAGUUACACGAAGAUUACGCGACUGUUUCCUGGGUGAUUUCUGGCUAUUCGCUCACUCUUGGAUCCUUCAUUAUUUUGCUGGGCAAAUUUGGCGACGUGCUUGGCCUUCAUAAAAUUUAUCUCGCUGGACUCCUGUUGAUGUCUAUUUCUACCUUGAUCUGCGCUGUGGUUCCCAAUGCAAUUGCACUAAUUGUCUUUAGAGCUAUUCAAGGUAUUGCGGCUGCUGCUUUAAUUCCGACAGGAAUGGGUCUCACGGCAUCAUAUUUUCAGGGCAAACAAUUACUCAUUGCAAUCAGAAUCCUUCUUGUGGUCCUUACUUCGACUGCUGGAGUGGGUACCGUCAUUGGUGGAGCAUUUUCGCUUACUUCAAUUGGAUACAAAGCAUUUUUUUAUUUCACAUUUGGUGUGUGCACGGUUUGCUUCAUCACUCUGUGGUUCAUCAUCAUUCCCGUAGAACCACAUAGCGAUAUGAGUUUAAAGAACUUGGACUACUACGGGGCAUUUUUUUUGGUGGUUGGAUUACUUCUGGUGAUCUUGGGAUUGACUGAGGCCGGCACAGGCUGGAAUUCUCCGAAAGCGUAUGUGCCGAUUCCUAUUGGAGUCGUCAUUGUGGUCGCUGUUGCCGCAUAUGAGCUCCUCUACAUUGGACCAUACAAAAAGAAACACCCUGGUUCCACUAACUGGAAAAGUCAGCUUUUGGUCAUGUUCCCAACAGAGCUUGGAAAAGUCCGUUUGUUUGUCAUCUCCUCUUUUGGAUCCUUAUUUUACUAUUGUGCGUACGCAGUGAUGCAGUUGGGACUUAUAGAGUAUCAUCAGGCUUAUGAUCAUGAUUCGGCUCUCAUUUCAGGAUUGAGAGUUUUUCCAAUUGUUGUCGGUAUCAUUUUUGGAAGCAUAGUUUGGAGGCCAUCUAUUCCUCAGAAAUUGGGAGACAAGCAUUUGAUUAUGUUCUCAAGUGCGGUGUGUCUUGGAAUGUCCAUUUGGACUUCCAAAUUUGGCCCUGGUGGUUACUGGAAGUAUGAGUUAGUUAGUCUCUUUCUGAUGGGCUGGGCUAUCAACGCUUACUACCAAAUAGUUUACACCACCAUCAUAACACAAGUCCCUCUACAUUUGCAAGCAACUGGAAGUGGAAUAUUCCAAACGUUUGGCCAAGUUGGAAUUUGUCUUGGAAGCGCAGCGUCGGCAUCGAUUAUUGGAACUAAUCCGCCGGAUCUCAAAAAGAACGUUGACAAGUGUUUCUACUUGGUGUUUGCAUGUUUUGGUAUGGUCUUCUUCACCUUCAUCGUCAACUACAUCUUGACUUGGAACAAGGACGGGGAUGAGAAGACACCAGAAAUUUCAGACGAGGAAAAAGAUUCUGAGUUCAAGAAAGAUCCAGAUUAUAAGGAGGAACAAGCUGAUGAGACCGGAUUUUCUUAA